AUGUCUACUAAUAGGCCUCUGACGAAUAUUACGAACACUCCUUCACGGCGACGUAGACAAAAACGGGAUAGUCCACCCACACUUAAGCUGGAAGACUGGCUACACAUCAGCCCCGCAUCGUCUUCUCCGCCAGACCUCGCAGCCGCCUCGAGUAGUCAGUCUCGCAACUCGGCCAAGUUACAAAGCCGUACUCCGCCACAUCCUCACUCUUUCUCUUCUUUGUCUCCCCCCUUGCUUUUGCAUGCGAACCCGUUCAUUGACGCUGAGCAUACAACUGACGAGUGGCGGAACAUUGUCUCUUCCUUUGGACUUGACUCGCAUGCGCGCGGCCCGUAUGCGGUGUCAUUGUCUAUCCCAACUUCCGGCUUCCCAGACCCCACGUUUACAUCUGACCGCGUGUCCGAGUCAAGCUCUCCGAAACUGUUCUCGUAUGAUGAUGACUUUUCUUCGUUCACACCUACGUACCUCACUCAAGAUAGUCCUGACUCACCUCUCUUUCAUCAACUCGAAGGCCUUCCUGACGCAGUCUACGAACCUCCGGACUUUGCCUUCUCCUGGUCUGACUCUCCUCGCACCUCUAGCUCUACUUCCACUUCUCCGGUGCCUGAACGGACGCGGCGUAUUCUCCAUAGCCCCAAUCCAUUUCUAGGCAACUUCGAGAUGCGUUCUGUCUCGCCAGUCAUACCUGAGGCGCGUCCUCUUGUUGAGGUUUCCAAGCCUAUCAGCAAGGUUCAGACAACUGUUAUUGCUGUUGCAGAAACAGAAGUGCAGGUGACGCCCCUCGCAAGCAACUGUGGGCACUCAAGGUCAAGCUCGUCUUCAAGCCAUAGAUCCGGAAUAUCCCUCACAGCCGAAGGAUAUCUCUCUGUCAUUCCUUCAUCCCUCAAAAGGCACGAGCGUGUUAAUACACCUGUUUCAGCCCUCCGCAGUACCGCAGAGUGGGAAAAGGAGGACCUUGACUACGUCCCUCCCUCUCCUGCACCUUCCUCGGCUUUGACCUCUCUGUCUUCUAACGACGACUCUCCAGAAAACCAGACCACCUCUGUAAUCAAACGUCCUCUCCCCUAUGCAAUCGAAGAGCCCUCGUCGCCUCCUAACAAGCGCUUCCGACUAUCGAUAUGUGCUCCUACGCCCAUCAUUGCCGCCCCACCCAUCAUCCCGGCUACAUCGACAAAAUCACGCCGUAAGCGAUUGUCUUCAAGUAGUACAACAACCUCUACGUCAAGUAGACCAGCUCGGACUUGGACUUCAAGCACACUUACAUCCCUCACCGCAUCGCAGCACUCUGUUCAAGGUGACACCAGCUCUGGCACGAUCAAGACCACAAGCAGCAGCGUUGGCUCUGAUGACCCCCAUCCGGCCACGAUCUCCUCAGAGUCAGCAGAGGAACCCUCCUCUCCUGUACCUGCUGAACGUGACCCGGCCAUUUUCGAUGAAACCGGCGCAUACAUUAGGCGAAUUCUUCCUCCGGACGUUCCUAUCGUGGAAGACUUUUCACUAUUUUACCGGCGAUGGCCCAUGUCGUCCUUGUUCGCUCGCGAAGAUGAAAUUGGUCACCGUGCUCUCCGUCAGAUUGGCAUGACUGUGAAGCAACCCCAGGGCGGAUGGACUUACAACGAACCACGUUCGGUCUAUGACCUGUAUACACCUCGACUAGUCAAGGGCAUGGGGAAGGACAAGAUGGCCAUGUGUCCUGUUUGCAUCGAGCCCAUCAGCCGGGGUGGUGAAGGUAAAAGAGUAGCGUACAAAACCAAAGUUUCGGCAUACACAUUCCGGACGACCGAAAGAAGUGUGAAUACUAAGAACAUGAAGGAUACCAUGCGCGAGGGUCGUUGUCAUCGAUGCAAGAAGUGGAUUCCACUCGAUGGUGUCCGGUCCGGCGAUGUCAAAGUACGGGAAAUUUUCUGGUGGAAGCAUGCUGCCAAGUGUCACGGAGAGGAGGAUCCUGUGGAAGACACUCAUCCUCUGUUCGAAGACGCCCUCUUCCACGCGUAUCGGUCCCUAUCCGGGAACUAG